GGCAAAAGAAUUGAUUCAACGUCGCAAUCUCCCACCGUGAUUUUCAUCUUUUUUCAUCUUUUUAUUUUGUUUUUUGUUUUGUAUCCUGUCAAGAAAUAUACACUCUUCUACUGCUACAGGAUAAUUCGCAGAUUACAGCAGAAAUGGAUGAGCGUACUCCGCUACUAGAGAAUGUUGUUGUGCCAAUCGACGGAUGCACCAUGGAGCAAUCUUGCCUACAAGUGAGACCGGUACUGCUGAAGAUGUCUCCUGCUUUUUAGCAAAUCAAAAAUGGAAAUAUAAAGCAGUAGCCCUAGCAUGUGCCAUUUUACUAGCCAUCGGUAGCCAUUUUGCAGCCCAUACAUUGGGUGCAAUGAAAAGCACAAUCAAACGUGAAUUUAAUAUUAGCAAUUCGCAAUAUGGUGUAAUACAAUCCAGCGUUGCUAUUGUCAAUACCAUCUUACCUGUGCUAGGUGGUAUAUUUAUCGACGCUUUCGGUACCAUUCCAGGUGCUUUAAUCACUACGUUGCUCAUCACGUCGGGCAAUGUGUUGGUGGCUCUAUCCGCAUCGUAUUCAUCACUUUAUAUGAUGAUUCUGGGACGUAUACUCUAUGGUAUUGGUAGUGGCACUGUGGUGAUUGUGCAAGAAACCAUCUUGAGUCAAUGGUUCAGAGGUAGAAGCCUUGCUGGUGUUGUCGCACUGAUGCUAACAGUUAGUCGGCUGGCGUCUUUCUGUGCACAGGCUACUGUUGUACCUAUUGCUAAUUGGACCGGCUGGUACGGUUAUGGUUUAUGGUUCUGCGCUAUUUUAUGUAUAUUCUCUAUGAUUGUCACUUUUGUAUAUAUUGGAUUGUUAAAAACUGUGUUUAAAGCAGCUGCUAAUUGUCGCAAACCGUUCGAAGUGAUGAAACGCAAGAAAUCAUUUAGCUGGGCAAAGUUAAUGUAUCUCCCUCAUUCAUACUGGCUUAUUGCUUCUAUGGAAUUCUUACUGGGCGGUGGAUGGGGAUGCUUCCUUCAUAUAAAUAGUGAAUACGUCAAAUUUAGGUUUGAUUAUAGUGAUGCUAAUGCAGCAGCAACCGCUAGCGUCGCACAAAUCUUGCCGAUUGUGUUGAUGCCUUUUCUAGGGGUUUGUGUAGAUAGAUUUGGCAAGCGCACGUGGAUGAUGAUCGGUAGUGGUGUCUGCAUGCUACUCAGUAUGGUUUUUCUGGAGUACACACGUAUUUCUCCUUUGUUUGGUAUGCUUCUGUUCAGCGCCAGUCUUUCUCUGGGCCCCGUCGGCCUUGUCUCUUCCGUUCCUGUUAUCUUACCUAUCUCUUUGGUUGGAACUGGUAUGGGUCUUAUAAAAUCGGGCACUAACAUUGGUGCAGCCCUAUUUGAUAUUUCUACGGGAUAUUUGCAGGAUCAUGAUUCAAACAAAGGUUAUGAUAGUGUUAUUGUUUUCUUCAUAACAAUUUCAACUCUCGCGGUCAUUGCCGGUCUUGUCCUUUGCCUGAUGGAUCAUCAUGUAUAUGGAUCUGUUUUGGAUCGUUCCGGUAGAGAAAUGUAUUUGUAUGGCUCGAUUUAUCUCGUUCUUUGUGUUUUAAGCUGGAUCUCUUUCUUCAGAUUCAUUAUGUAAAAUACCGAAAGUCACUUGUAUUAUUUUUGUAGAUAUACAUAUCCACUUUCUUUCAUACCAUAUAUUCUUCUAGAACGAAUAAGCAUGAAUUUACUUUAAUUCAUACUGUUAAUGCAUCUGGAAGGAAGAUACCUUUUUAAUUCAUUGUACAUAUAUAAGUUGCUUUAUCUAUUAAUAAAAGACGAUAAAAACUUGGUUUUUCUUUUCUACUACAAAUUAGUAAUGUUACCAGAUUGAUAUAAUACAAUUGCAAUACGAG